AUGAUGUUAGGUGCGCUGGCAACGCCAGAGCGCCCCUCUUCCUUCCAUUCAGAUUUAGGACCGACGAACUAUUCGUAUGCGCACGCAAGUGGCCCAUCCACCGUUCCUGCCAUGGACCCUUCUGGCGCCUCCUAUGGCUACAUGGAAGCCAGCCCUCCCAUGUCGUCCCAAGCACCGGCAGAUUCACAGAGUGGUGCACUGUCACUCAUACCCUCUUCGAAUCAUCCUUUACAAUCUCCCCCCGCUCCACUGGGCCCCACGGCUCUCACCCCCUCGCCUGCACGAAUCUCCCCCCCUCCGCCCUUGGUGCCCGAGUCCCCGACAUCCAACAGUCUGUCUAGGCGAAAUGCGGCUGCGCCGACCACCCAGAAGAAACCAGAGACUGCAUCUGCACGACCGAAACCAACAGCACCAACUUACGAGCGCUCCAUGCUACGGAAACUUUUGGCCUUUUUCACAUGUGGCCUGGCCUCUUCAACGGUCACUGCUGCUUUGGAUCCCCCCUCAGCAGAAUCACCUAAGCCUGUAUUAAAUUCGUCUUCUAUGCAAAAAGUGUACUUACCUGGACCUUCAGAUGCUAAUCCUCCUCCUCAGACUGAGUCCGUUCCGCCGCCGGCGGAGGCUGUUCGAUCACAGACAGCCAACUCUUCGUUUACGGCACCUUUGUCUCGCGAUACCAUAGUUGGGCAAGACCGCAAUUCGCUGGCACCAGGUGGCAUCUCGCUCCGAAGCUCUUUGAACCGGAAUAGCGUGGCAACCACUGUUACAUCUCAGAACGAUCAUUCGGACGACUUUAUGCAAGAUGUGAUUACUCAGGUGCCGGAAAAUGGUCCCGCUAUACCCAUGGGAAUGGUGAGUCAAGAUUUGGAACAGGAGAUUAUGGCCGAGGAGCAGCGCCUUAUCCAACAGGGUGGAAAUGGUAUUCCUCUCGACAGUUUUGGGAACCCGAUGCCAUUGCUACCUGCAUUGACGAAGCCUCAUCUCUUGCGCAAGUGUCUUGUGUUGGACUUGGAUGAGACUCUGGUCCACAGCAGCUUUAAGAUGGUACCGAACGCUGAUUUUGUGGUGCCCGUGGAAAUUGAAGGCAUUGUCCACAACGUCUACGUCAUUAAGCGGCCUGGUGUGGACGAGUUUAUGCGUCUCAUGGGUCAAAUAUACGAAAUUGUGGUUUUCACUGCGUCCUUAAACAAAUAUGCGGAUCCCGUGAUUGACAUUCUCGACAUGCACCAUGUUGUUCAGCACCGUCUCUUCCGCGAGUCCUGUUAUAAUCACUAUGGAAGCUACGUCAAAGAUCUGUCCCAACUGGGGCGCCAACUCACCGAUACCAUCAUUCUUGACAACUCACCUGCGUCUUACAUCUUCCAUCCAACCAACGCUGUGCCUGUAUCCAGCUGGUUCAAUGACCCGCAUGAUACGGAACUUACCGACCUUUGUCCUUUCCUUGAGGAUUUGUGCCAUGUGGACGACGUGCGUACUGUCCUUGAUGGGUUCAUUGACAUGUCGUAA